AGAAACUAAAAUCAACAAACCGAGCUGUCUAAACAUCGUAUUCUCAUUCCCCAAGACCGCAGCCGCCAGCCCUGCUCCUAGCACAGCCGAGACGCACCAGCCUCAGGACUAUCGGCGCCAACAGCAGCAGCUCCAAGCCUCAUCGGUUGGGUAUCAUCAGCGACGACGCAGCCCCUUGAGUACCACCAGCAAGUCGAUCCUCAGGUCUCUCCAUCUCCUUCAUUGCCUCAGAAAGCACACGCAGCCCCUAACGUCCAUUGCACGUCGAUUCCCAGGUUCGGGUAGCGAAAGCAAGUUCUAAACGAGUUCGGAUAGAUCUGGAUAUUCCAUUUAUAAAUGGUUUGGAUUUUGGGUACCCUCAAUUUCGCGGUGCCCUACCCGUUUACCUUCCUUCGACACUUUCGCCGGUGAGCUAAGCUUGAGCUAAAUUGCGAAGAAGAAGAAGUUUGUUAUAUAUGCAUUUCGUUUUAUUUGGCAAAGUCUCGCAAAAGGAACAAUAAACGAAAGGGGGGAGAUGGGUAGAUUAGCAGUUGCACUGAUAGUGAGCUUGUGGUUGAUUCCUACAUCAAUUCUUGUCAAUCAAACUGUGCCUGAGCCUUACAUGGAUGAGAUAUUCCACAUACCUCAGGCUCAACAAUACUGUAAGGGUAAUUUAUGGAGUUGGGACCCCAUGAUUACUACGCCCCCUGGAUUGUACUAUCUUUCACUUUCCCAUGUUGCUUGUUUGCUUCCAGGCAUGUUUCUUGUGCAAAAGGUGUCAUCAUUUGCAGAAUUGUGUUCUACUGCAAGGCUGCGCUCUCUAAAUGGUGUUUUGGCUAUAUUAUGCAGCAUCAUCAUAUAUGAGAUAAUUACCCACUUGAGACCGACUCUUUCUAAAAGAAAAGCAGUAUCUUUUGCUGUGAUCCUAGCCCUGUAUCCGCUCCAUUGGUUCUUCUCUUUUCUUUACUAUACUGAUGUUGCAUCACUUACUGCAGUUCUUGCUAUGUAUCUCACAUGCUUGAAGAAGAAAUACUACUUCAGUGCAUUGCUUGGGGCCUUUGCAGUUUUCAUUCGACAAACAAAUAUUAUAUGGAUGCUUUUUGUUGCAUGCACUGGGAUAAUAGAUACUACUAUGACCCAUCCAAGAAAAAAAGUGAAAGUAGAUGAGUUAAAUGAAUCAGUGAAAGAAACUGGCCGAUUAAUUCAUAACGAUUCUAUCUCAGCAAGCUCAAAUAUGAGAAGACGAAAGCCCAAUAGUGGUGUCAAUGCCAGCAAAUAUUCAACAAUCACUGCAACUGGCUCCUUAGCAACCCAAUCUUCAGGUUUUCUUGAUGAGAUUCGGGAAAUCUGUUUGACAUCAUGGCCUAUGAAGUGGAAACUUUUCAUAUCCUUUAGCCCCUUCUUUAUGGUAUUGGUGGCCUUUGUUGCUUUUGUCCGUUGGAAUGGGAGUGUAGUUCUUGGUGCAAAAGAAGCUCAUGUAGUUUCUCCUCAUUUUGCACAGUUAAUGUAUUUUAGUCUGGUUUCUGCUCUGGCAACAGCUCCAGUGCAUUUCUCUUUAAGUAAUGUUGCAAAUCUGUUCGAGUCAUUCUGGAAAAGCAGGCUCAGCUUCUUUCAAUGGCUACUGGCUCUUACUGCUGGCUUCCUCUCUGUUCAUUUUUUCAGCUACUGUUACAGCAUUGCCCAUCCCUAUCUCGUUGCUGAUAAUCGGCAUUAUACCUUCUAUCUCUGGCGGAAAGUCAUCAAAGCACAUUGGUUGAUGAAGUACCUUUUGGUUCCAUUUUAUGUUUAUUCCUGGUCAUCCAUCUUCAAUAUUUUGGGGAAAGUUCGACAGAAAGUGUGGGUUUUGGCAUAUUUCUUGGCUACAGCAGCUGUCCUAGUUCCUGCUCCAUUAAUUGAGUUCAGAUACUAUACCAUACCAUUCUAUUUGUUUAUACUUCAUUCCCAUGUCGAUGACAAUGAAAGCUGGAUAGCUAUGGGACUGAUGUAUUUGGUAAUCAAUGCCUUCACAAUGGUGAUGUUUUUAUUUAGACCAUUCCAUUGGAACCAUGAACCUGGGGUCCAGAGGUUUAUUUGGUAGAUGGGUACCUGGGAGAUGCUUCACGAUAUCUUGACAUUAUUAAAGUUUGAUCACUCGGCUCCCUGCCUUUGAUGGAUGUAUUUUAGCUUCCAAACCAAUAGAAACAAAAUUACUUGUAAUUACUAAUUAUGCCGUUGAUCUCAUGAUAAGAACUCGUUGUUCCUUUUUAACUUGCUUGGAAUGAGAAAAAUUAACUUCUUGAGACUAA